GCUGCCAUCACAUGCAAUAAAACUGGGCAAAACUAAUUUUUAAUUAGUUAAAUAAUUUUUAGAUGCGUCGGUUCUAUGUUGAUCCUCGCUUCUUUCCUGCAGUUGGAACUUUAUCCAGGGUUACCACUCAUGCUGACUUAGUGGCCACAACAGAAAUUCGUUUUUGGUUCGGAACCAGUCGAGCAUAACCGUGUGUGACUCCCGGCUAACAGAAACUCAAGGUGAUGACUUCACAAUCCAGCCCAGAGGACUUCAUGUCAUUUGUUCAGGAGUGGCUUCCAGCACUCAGCGAGGAGGACUUCACAACCAUUGGUCAGAAACUGGAGGAGUUAGGAGUAAAAUGUGCAGAACACUUCAGAUAUCUACAAGAGUCAGACUUAGACUUCUUAGCCCCUGUGCAAAGGCGCAUCCUACUUGAAAAGUUUCAGACCAUCAGUGCUGCUCCUUUCUCACCUGGGCAGAGUGGCAGUUGUGCUAAGGUGACUUCAGAUGCCAACUCACAGCUAGAUGAAUGGGCUGAGAAAUUUUGCAUCCCUUGGGAAAUGUUUCCGUCAACUUUACUUCAAGCAUGCAAAGCACAAGAAAGGCCUACAAAAGCUGAUCUGAACCAGAUGGUGAGAAUGCUGAGUUCUCUCAUCCUGGAUAAGCAUUCAGCGCCUGGCAGACGGAACCUGAGAAUAAUUGCAUCAAAAGUUGUGUCAAUGUACCCCUCAUCAUUUCGGGAUUUGCUACAGGGUACAGUUGUUGGUACGGGAGUUGAGACAUUGAUGUGGAAGCUCGAAAACUGCAUCAACAACAAGAAGAGACCAAUUGCACAUGUGCUGCCUGCAGAAAUUGUUGAUGACCCAGACUCAUUCCAGCCACGUCCACGAUCUACCCAUGACUCCUAUGGUUGCAUAGCAUGGCAGCCGGAGUUACCGAGUGGAGAAAGUUUGUUGACACAGCGGGAAAAGCAGCAGCAGCUCCUUUCUGAGUAUGCUAAAGUGCAUCCCAACAAGCAGCUUGUCACUCAUUUAAUGAUUGAGACGUAUGCAUCACAAAGACUGACCAUUAAUCAGUCGGGGAGUGUGACAGAGGUAAAAAAAAAACUGGCCAUUUUUGUUUACUGA